AUGACGGCGGCGGAGCUGGCGGCGUCCGGUUGGGCGGACAACGGGUCGCUGGGCUGGCCGCUGCAGGUCGUGCCGCGCGAUGUGCGUGCCGACUUGGAUAUCCUCGCGAGCAUGGAGAAGCAGCAACGGGGUCUUCACGUGAAGACCAGUCGCAGCGCCAUCCCGAUCCACGCGCCCGCGCAGCCCGCCACCCCGCGCACUCCGCGCACUCCCCUCGCGCCGUCUCCGCGGGACUCAUUUCAGUCGCCCCCGAUUCUACCUCGCCACCACAGCGGCCCAAUAGAGCCAGCACCGUUACAGUCACCCAUUUACUGUCACACGCCGCAGCAGCUGAAGCGAGACCCGUUAGAGCGACACGUGUCAGACGAGCCUACAGCCUCCCCGCUCCCCGGCUCCGCCAACUCCCUCCGGACAAGCGCGUCGGGGGGUAUUUCCGGACUGCUCGCAGGCCUGUACGUCCGGACGCCCGUUGCCGAGCCUGAUGCCGAGGCUCGGGGCAGCGCUGGCGGGUUUAUCGACAUGCUGUCCGGCCCCGUCACCCCCUCCGCGACGCCUUCCCGUCGCUUCCAGGCGCAGCAGGAGCGCGAGUGGGAAGAGCGCCAGCAGCGGCGGGAGCAGGAGCAGGCGGAGGCAGGGGGUUUGCCGUUUGAGAGUAUAGUUGCGGGCGCGAGGGACAGGCGCGCGCGACAGCAGCACGCGCGCAGCAGCAGCAGCGGCAGCGUUCUCUGCGGCGCAAACGGCGGCGGGUUGAGCGGCGUGGGAGGGGCAGCUGUGGCGGACUCGGCCGAGAUUUCCGUAGUCUCCAGGGGUUUCGGCCAGGACCAGCAGACGCAGCAGGAACAAGGAGAAUCAACGGCGCUGCGGGUGAGUCCGCAAGAAGCGGCGUGGAGUCCGCACGUCGCCGACGCGAGCCCGUGGGGCGGGCGCGGCGCGACGCCCCCCGCGCCGUCGUCCGCGGUGGACCACUUGCCCUCGUUAGAAGCCCUCUCGCGCUCGCCCGGACCUUAUCGCGAGGCUGAUAGUAACGGAGACGAGGAGAGUAGUAGCGAGGACGAGGGGAGGUACUACAAGGUUCCGGAUAUCACGGAGUACAGGAAUCGGCGAAGACAGAGCGCGGGGAGUGCGGCGUCACCGGCGAGUAAAGUCACGCACGAGUAUUUCCGGGGCGGCGGAGUUGACGUAUCGUUUGCGGACUUUCUAGCUGCGCGCGCCAGUGCUGCUGCUACCGCUGCUGGCGGUGGUGGCGGUGGAGCGAGUCCCGCUGCUGCAGCUACUGGAAAUAGUGGUGGUGAUGGUGGUGGUGAUGGUGGUGGUGAUGGUGGUGAUGGUGGUGGUGGUGGUGAUGAUGGUGCCAAUACCGCGGCAGUCACUAGCGCGAAUGAGGCUGAUGCCAGUGGGGAUGCAGCUGGUAGUGGCGCGGCGGGAGAUUGGGCCACUGAGGCUGACGUGGCAAUUGGCGCUGACGUGGCAACGGCGGAACGAGAGGCGGCUCCAGCUGGAGCGGAAGCGGGGAAUACGGGGGAGAGAGGUGACGAGAAUCAUGACUACUAUGAUUCAGAUGCUGCUGGGGAUGGUGGUGCGCCGUCAGUUGCGGCUGGAGCUGCGGCGGCGGUUGCGGUGGGCGCAAUGGCGGCCCGCGGGACGGUGGCGGGGGAGACGGCGGACGCGGAUGACGGGGACACGCGGGAGGGUUCGCGGAAGCGCGGAGAAGGAAUUGGCGGAAGCUCGCGGAAGCACCGGGCGCGAUGGGGAUUGGCGGGAGGGAGGGAUGGGGACGGGGGGGAUGGCGCAGGACAGGCGGAAGAGGGCAAGGCGGAGUCGAGGCGGAGUUUGCGCGCCCAGUGGAGCGCGCGGAGGUCAAAGCGCGGGGAGGGGAGAGCGCAUGGCAGAAACGAACGGGGGAAGAGGGCGGCAGGGGGAAGCACGCGGGAGGAGCGGGGAACAGGGGAGGGUUCCGCCAUUAGGGGAGAUCAGGAUAUGGCGGGGGAGGAGGCGGAGGGGCGGAGAGGAAGGGCAAACGAAGGGCAGGGGGAGAAUGACUGGGGGACUGCGGAGGUUGGGGGCCAAGGGGAAUGGUCAGGGGGCGCGGAAGGGUAUGGGACUGGAGAUGAGGGGGAAGAGCGGGUUAGGGAAAGAGGAGGGGAGAUGGAAGGGUGGGCGGAGAGGGGGUUUUAUGGGGGCGAGGAGGGAAGGGCACAUGGAGAGUGGGGAGAAAAUGACAAGGGUGAGGGUGGGUAUGGGGAUGAUGGGGAUGAUGCGGAUAGGGAUGGUGCGGAUGGGGAUGGGGAUGAUGGUGAUGAUGGUGGAGAUGGCAUGGCGGAGGGUGGGCAUGAUCUGGACAGGUAUGGGCAUGGCAUGGUGCGGUGGCAGCAGCAGGAGGAGGAGCAGGAGCAGGAGCAGGAGCAGGAGGAGGAGGGAAGCACUACGCGGGUGGUGUCAGGGAAGCGGAAGAGAGAGCAGGGGGAGGCGGAGGCGGAGGGGGAAGCUGAGAGUGAGAGGGGAAGAGGAAAGGGGGAACCCAGAGAGGAGGGUGUGAGGGACGAGGGUGAGGAAACAGGGCGUGGGUAUGCGUAUGGCAUAGGGCGGCGAGAGCAUGGUGGAACAGGGGAGUAUGGGGCGAGGGAGCAGUAUGGGGCGAGGGAGCAGUAUGGAGCAAACGGGAAGAAUGCGGCGAGGGGGCAGUAUGGGGCGAGUGGGGAGGACGACAUGGUGACAAUGGGUAUGUCAGCGGAAUGGGAUGGGGGCAUGGCUGCUGCUGCAGCUCUCAUGGCCUCUGAGGGGGCAGUGCGGGACGGCAGCCAUGGUGGUUACCAUGACAACCGCCAGCUGGACACCCCACCCUCACAUGCUGAUGUGGCAGCUGAUGCACCAGCAGCUGACACUGCAUCGGUCCACACGGCCUCUGCUGCCAGUGCAGCUGCAUCCCCGUUACAAGCCUCUCCGUUAGAGGCAUCCUCUCCCUCUCCAAGCAGCACAGCUGCAUUCGCCGACCUGUCUUCAACGAUGCCACCGGUAUUCCUCCCGCCUCCUGCUAUCCAGCAACCCACACCACCACUCCCAAUCGCCCCCCACCAAAAAGAAGACUAUGAUGAGGAGGAUGCAAACGCUGCAGCAGCAGAGGCGUUAUCAGUGUUUGGGUUUCCCUUUACUCUCGAGGGCUUUGCUUUGGGUGGUGGAGGGGAAGAGGAGACAGUGCAGGGGGAAGCUGCAGCUGUAGCAGGAGGAGGAAGGGACGCAGUUGGCUUGCCCGUGCUACAGCCGGGGGAGGUGUAUUCCAUUGGAGGUGUAUUUGAUGUGGAGGGGAGCCAGGGGGAGGCUGCAACUGGUGACGGUUCUGCUGGUUCUGCUGGUGUGGCUAGUGCUGCUGGUGGUGCUGCCGGUGCUGCAGCUGCUGCAGGUGGUGAUGGUGAUGAUACUCCACGCGGGUCUGGUGACAGUGCAAAUGUGACUGUAAACGGGGCUCAGUUCUCCUUCCACGCGGGCAGCAACAGCAGAGCUGCUGGUGAUGCUGACGUGGCAAUGGGCCUGGCUGACGAGGAUGACGAGCUGGAUGAGGUGGCAGUGGAGGCGAGUCUACGUCAGCUUGAGCUGGCACUGGAGCAGGGGCUGUUACCGGAUGAGGUGGAGGCGUUGAGGAAAGAGCUGGAAGCGCUGGUGGAGAGAGGGACGCGGCGAGCACGGAGAGGCGUGCAGGGGGAGGAGGGUGGGGCGGCGGAAAGGAGGGCUGUGGUUGGGGCGGGAGAAGGGGAGGGUGUAGGGGAGGGGGGUGUGAUGAGGGGAGAGGUGGAGAGGGAAAUGGGGGUGGAGGAAGAGGGUGGCGACGAGAUGGGGGAGGGUGGCGAGGGGGAUAGGGUUGAGGUGGAGAGAGAGGGGAGUGGAGGUGAGAGGGAAGAGGAGGGGGGGAGUGAGGAGGGGGAGGGGGGUUUUGGAAUGGAGAUGGAGAGGGAUGUGACUCCUUACCAUGAAAUGGUGGGGGGCAGGGAGGGCAGGGAGGGCAGGGAGGGCAGGGAUGUGGGCACAGAUUGGGAGGGGGGCAGGGAAGGGGGGGAGGUGGAGAGGGAGCGAGAAGGUGAGAUGGACAGGAAUGUGACUCUUUACCAUGAAAUGGAGGGGGAAAUAGAGGGCAAGGAGGCAGAGAGGGAGGCAGAGAGGGAGAGAGAAGGGGAGACGGAGGGGGGAGAAGGGGAGACGGAGGGGGAGGGAGAAGGGGAGAUGGAGAGGGAGGGAGAAGGGGAGACGGAGAGGGAGGAGGUGAGAGCAGGCUGUGAGAAUGGUGGAUAUGGUGGGGAUGACAGGGAAGGCGCGGAAGGUGAGGAGAGUAUGAAGGAAACGGCUGGUGAGAUGAAUGAGGGGGCUGAGAUGAGCGGGGAGGGCGAGGAGGUGGGUGGGGAGGCUGAGGUGGGGGGUGGUGAGCAGGCUCAGGAGUCUGGAGGUGAGGAGGUGGGGUGCGGUGAGGAGGAGUGCAAGGAUGCUGAAGGUGGUGAGAAGGUGGAAAUAGAAGUGACAACUCACAAGCCUUGCUUGCCUGCCCAGCUCACCCCCGCACUCGCUAAGCCGCCUCUCCCGCCGUCCCUCUCUGCUCACGUGGAUGCGCUCUCUGCUGACCUGGAUGCUGACACAGGCAGUGGCGGGGGGGUGCUAGGGGGAGGGAUGGGAAUGGGAAGCAGCCCUUUGAGUGUUACUGGUGGUGGGAUGAGUCCGGGUACGGCUGCUGGUGUUGCCGGGGACAGGGGCGGUAGUGGUGGUGGGGGAGGAGCAGGAGGAGCAGCGGGAGCAGUGGGAGCAGCGGAAGAGGAGGGAGUGGGUACAGGAGCAACUGGGUCACACGCACAGGGGCACAGCGGGGGUGGGGGAGCGGGAGCGGGAGGAGGAGGCGGAGAGAAGGCGCUGUACACGGUGGGGCACUGGUUGAGGCAGGUGGACAUGGCGGAGGCGGAGGGGCGGCUCCACGUGGCAGUGCGUCUGUUUGAUCUCGCCGAGCGCUGCCACGCCCAGCCCGCCACUCUGCUGCGCGUCGCCCGCUCCCAGUUCAUGCGCCGGCAUCGUCACUCCCUCUCCCUCUCCACCGCUACUCCCGGUACUGCCGGUACUGCUGCUGCUGCUGCUGCUGCUGCUGCUGGUGUCACUACUGGUCGUGGUACCGCUGGUGCUGGUGCUUCUGGUGGUGGUGGGAAUGGGACUUUUGGUGUUGUUUCUGGUGGGGCGUCGCCGCUGCUUUCCCCGGCUGCAUCACUGCUUCACACCGCUUCCCACUGCCCGUCAUCCUCCCCUCCUCGGUCCCCUCUCCCGCUCCCAUCUGCCAAUCCCUCUCUCUCCCCUCUCUCCUCCCCUCCCGGCUCCCCUUCCCCCGCUCCUCCGCCCCCCUCCCUCUCCGCCUUCCCCCAGCACCCACCCGCCCCCCUCUCCCCCUUCCCCACGCCCCCGCCUCCCUCCCUCUCCGCGUUCCACUGGCGGCAGCAGCCCACAGCAGGGGCAGCGAGCGGGGCACAGCAGGGGCAGGCGGGCAGGCAGGCGGAAACGCCUCUAGCCUCGCAUCCUCCCCCCCGCACUCGCCCCUCGCAGCCACUACCCCCGGCUCCUCCCCCCGCUCCUCAUUCUCUCUCUCCCCUGCUGACGCCCUACCUGCACUGCCAGAGUCUUUUGGGCUGCGUAGAGGGGCUAAGGAGAGCGGAGGGAGAGGGUUCUAGUAUGCAAGGCAAUGGAGCGAAGGGAGAGGAGAUGGGGGAGAAUAGAGAGGAAUGGAGGCGGGAGGAGGUGCAGACGAGGGAAGAUGGAGGAGUGGAGAAGGGUGAGGGGAGUGUUGGGAGCGGUGCAGAGAGUGCGCGUGUGGAGAUGCCUCAGAUGAGGAGAGGAGAAAGGAGGGAGGGCUGGGAGGAGCAGGAGAGGGGCUGGGAGCGUGCUGACCGGGUACAGGCAUGGGCACAUGAGAACCUCCCCGGCCCUGCACCGGAAGAAAACAGGAGUGGCAAGUCACGAACGGGAGGCAGCGGCUCGUUUUCAGGCUCGGACGCAGGGCUGGAUUUUCCAGAGGGCAGUGGUGGGAACAGUGGCAGCGGGAGGAGGCAUGGGAGCUUGGGUGAUCAGGCAAGGUGGGGAGAGAGUGAGGUGCAGGGCAAUGAGGCUGCUGCUGCUGCUGCUGCUGGUGCUCGUGGCGCUGGUGUUAGUUCAAGUGGCUCUGGUGGUAGCGCAACCAGUGUUGGUAAUGGCGCUUUGGCUGGGGCUGAGGGAAGCAGAGUGCAAGACGAGCUCAAGGGGAGGAACACCACGGAAGAGCGAGAGGAAGGGUUGAAGGUUCCAAUGAAGGGUGGUGAGGGCGAGGAGGAAAGAGAGGAAGUGGGAGAGAGAAUAGCGGAGAAGGAGCAAAACGGAGAGCGAAAGAUAGAAGGAAAGGCACGGGAAAUUGAGGGGGACAGAGAUGAACCCAUACCUGGUCAAGCCACAGCUGCUGCAGCAGCAGCAGCAGCAGCAGCAGCACCACCACCACCACCAGUAGCAGCAGCAGCAGCAGCAGCAGCGGCAGCGGCAGGGAGAAGGGUGGCGGUGAGAGAGGGGAGCGUGCUGGCGAAGCUAAAGCGCGCCACAGCACAGCUGAGACAGCUCAGGGAGAACUAUUUGGGGGAGGGCCAACCUGGGGAGGCUCAACUGAAAGAGGACCAACAGGGUCAACAGGCGAAGGCUCACUCUAGGGAGGGUGCAGGUGAUGAUGGUGCUGCAGCAGCAGGAGUGGAACCAGUGUCAGCGCAAACAGCUGUAGCAACAGCGCCACCUGCCAUGCCUGCGCGGCCUUCCCCCCAGCCGCCCAUCCCCCUCUCCGCCUCUGCCUCUGCUGCUGCUGCUUCAGCCGCCGCUCGCCUUGCUGCUCGCACCAGCAACGCCAGUGGCACCAGCGGCAACGUCAACCCUCUGGAGGCAAGGAGCUUUGCUGCAGGAGCAGGGACAGGUGGUGCUGCUACUCCCCAGGCAGGGAGCACCCAAGCGCGCAUCACUGCACCUCCUCUUGGCGGCUCAGCAACUCUUGCACGGAUCUCUAUCCCAGGCCUCGCUGGUUCGGCAUCAGGCCAAGGAUUGUACGGGACAGGGCCCGUUUCAAUGGCAAUCCCAGGCCCAGGGCUGCAUUCGGGGCUGGUUUCCGGGUCAGUUUCAGGGCCCAUAUCUGGACUGCAUUCAGGGCCAGUUUCGCCUGGCGCGAACGCCCCUGUGUCUCCCUUUGCACGCGCAUCCUCAUCCUUCUCCCUCGGCCGCAUCCCCUCCUCUGAGUCUCUUCGUACUGAUCCUACUUUCUCUGUUUACGUCCGGCGGUCCGGCUCGGCCCGAACCUCGGUGUCAGCUGCGGAGACCGAGCCUAGCGAAGGGGUGGUGGAGGGAGGGAUGGAUGGUGGGAUGGAGGGAGGGAUGGGAGGGGAGGUUGCUGGGGAUGGUGGGGAUGGGGGAGAGGCAGAUGCUGAGAGCAGGGAGAGGGGAGUUGGAGGUGGAAGGGGGUCAUCUGGUCAAUGGAUGAGUCAACUGGAGUCAACAGAGUCAAUGGAGGAAGGGAUGGGUCAAACGGAGUCAGACGUUAGAGAGGCAGGUCCACUCAAGUCAACAUUUGGAGAGAUGAGCCAAUUUGAGUCAACGCAUGGGGAGACGAGUCAACCCGAGUCAACACAUGGGGAGACGAGUCAACCCAAGUCAACACAUGGGGAGACGAGUCAACCCAAGUCAACACAUGGAGUAACGAGUCAACCCGAGUCAACACAUGGGGAGACGAGUCAACCCGAGUCAAUCGAGAUAGAGACAAAUCAACCCAAGCCAAUGGAGGGAGCAGUGCAGCUGGGGGGUGGCAUUGGAAGGUACGGGGGGAUAGGGAGAAGCGGAGGUGUUGGUGGUGGUAUUGGUCGGUGUGGCGGAGUUGGGAGAUUCUCAGCCUCUGCUGCCACCCCUUCGGAGUCCUUCCUCAUCCUCCCCCCUGCCUUGGACCCCAGGGAUACUGUGCAUACCCAUUCGCACACCCACCUGCAUGCACCGCACACACCCCUCACACCACGCACACCCCGCACCCCUCCUGCCCUUGGCUCCCACCCCCCCUCCCCUCGCACCCCACUCCCACACUUCGCCUCGACCUCCCCCUCUCGUCGCUCUCCACCAAUGGGAUCGCGCCACGUGGAGUCACGGUACAUGGCAUCCGCCAUGGCAGCAGCAGCGCCGCCCGCAUCGCCCGCCAUUGCCAUGGCCAUGGGCGGCAGUCCACGGGCGUACACCCACUCCCACUCCAUGCGCAGUACGGGCGGCACAGGCGGCGUGGGCGGCGUGAGCUCCUUGCUGCUCCGAACCAGUGGCAGCUGCGGCAGUGGAAGCUUCGCCCUGCCUGGCAAUGCUAGCGGUGCUGGCGGAGGCAAAGGGGUUGGAAGCGGUGGGGGCAUCGGAGGGGGCAGUGGAGGUGGCGAGAGGAGGGUGAAGAGCAGGGAGCAGCAGAUGGCAGCGAUGGUGGAGAAGUGGCCUACGAGCCUCAGAGGCAGCUCUGCUGUUGCUGCGGGUGUGGCGGGGCGAGUGGGGGAGACACAUAGGGGUGCAGGUGCCAGGGCACGGCCAGCUUGGGGCAGUGGAGGUGGUGCGAAGCCGGCUUGGGGCAGUGGUCCUGGAGCCAGGAGGUGA